UUGGCUUUCAUUGUCUUUUCUUUCUCUCCCUGCAAGCUCUGGGCGUCUGGAUAUUAACAUACAAUGCUCUGGUGUUCAUUGUUUUACGUGAUCAUUUGUUCCGGGUGCCAGGUACUUAUAGUCGCGUAGGGUUAAGGAGAUGAAGGACCUUGUACAUGGAGCGCUCCCAGAAUAGGCCCUACAGUCUCUCUGCUUGUUGUUGUACUGCACAAAGUUGCAGUUGUUGUCCGUGUGGCAUUUGGAAUUAACUUUGCCGCUUGAGUUUCCAGGACAGGUUGCUGUUUUAUUUUUAUUUUUUGGGGAGUCCGACUUUUGUUUGGUUUCCUUGCUGGUGAAUUACCUUCGUAACAGGCGGUAGGUCAGCCUGGCAGCCAUGAGGGGCCAACGUGAGGUGGUCUUGGUGAGCAGGUGUUGGCGGCCGGCGGUGUGGCUCCUGCUGUCGCUGCUGGUGUCCGUCCUGCUGGUGGCCAUGAGCGUGCUGCUGCAUCACGACGCCCAUCCCACGCAGACCCCCGCCAUCCCGCGGUAUGAAGCAAAAGUGCAACUGGUGAACGGCCAGGGCCGGUGCGAGGGCCGCGUAGAGGUGCGCUCCGGCGGCGGCGCCUGGGGCACCGUGUGCGACGACGACUGGGACAUGGUGGACGCCAACGUGGUCUGCCGCCAGCUGGACUGCGGUCUGGCCAUGGCCGUGGGCACCAGCUCCCAGUUCGGCCAGGGCUCCGGGGCCAUCUGGCUGGACAACGUGGACUGCACCGGCGGCGAGACGGACCUGAGCCAGUGCGGGAGUCUGGGCUGGGCCGUGCACAACUGCUACCACUACGAGGACGUGGCCGUCUUCUGCAGAGGUGAGGCGGCGCCGUCGGGGACGAGGGGGAAGCCGACGGGGCUGAGACGCGUGUUUUCUUUGUGUGUUCUGUUAGGCAACCCGGUGAUUCUUCAAGGCAGAGGCCCACAGAGGCACACCACGCCGGCCCCUGGUGUUUUGGCUUUACGCGACGGCGCCAUCCAGCUGGUGGGGGGGCGGGACCGCUGCCAGGGCCGCGUGGAGGUGUACUACCGGGGCAGCUGGGGCACGGUGUGCGACGACGACUGGGGCCUGAAGAACGCCGAGGUGGUGUGCCGGCAGAUCCAGUGCGGCCGGGCCGCGUCGGCGCUCCGCAACUCCUACUUCGGCUACGGCCGCGGAGAGAUCCUCCUGGACAACGUGAACUGCACCGGCAACGAGCUCAUGCUGUCGCGCUGCUACAGUCUGGGCUGGGGCACCAACAACUGCGGACACCACGAGGACGCCAGCGUCAUCUGUGCCAGCUCGGGUUUGACCACUCCGCCACCGCCCGCAAACACAGAGUCGUUGAACGUGUGGCCGUUGGAAGGGGGGAGGGGGUUCUUCCCCUUCACCAACCUCACGCCAGUAGCAAACGGAACACUGCCAGUGACCCAAACUACAGAAACCACUACGACGACUACUCAAGCACCGAGAGCUCUGCGAAGGAUCAGGGUGGUCAACGGCAACAGCAGCUGCGCCGGGCGGGUGGAGGUGUUCUACGCCACCAUCUGGGGGACGGUGUGCGACGACGACUGGGACAUGACCAACGCCCGGGUGGUGUGCCGGCAGCUGGGCUGCGGGACGGCCGUCGCCGCCAAGGGCCUGGCCUUCUACGGCUACGGCGAGGGCCCCAUCCUCAUGGACAACGUGGACUGCCUGGGCACCGAGCUGGACCUGGGCACCUGCUUCCACCUGGGCUGGGGUCAGCAUAACUGUGGACACCACGAGGACGCCGGGGUCAUCUGCGCCCCUCCAAGCCUUUCUGCAACCGGACAGGAAUUUGUGGCAAACAGGAGUGUCUCUAACGGCCAAACCCCCAAUGAAGGCGCCGUCCGGCUGGUGGCGGGGCUGCACCAGUGCGAGGGCCGCGUGGAGAUGUUCUCCGGCAGCGAGUGGGGCACGGUGUGCGACGACGCCUGGGACAUCGCCGACGCCCAGGUGGUGUGCAACCAGCUGGGCUGCGGCGAGGCCAUGGCGGCCCGUCCCGAGGCCUUCUUCGGGCCCGGCGGGGGCACCAUCCUCCUGGACAAUCUCAAGUGCCGCGGCGACGAGGCCUCGCUCCAGGGGUGCUCCCACAUAGCCUGGGACGUGCACAACUGUGACCACUCCGAGGACGCUGGGGUCACCUGCUCUAUGUCCUGAUUACAGCCCGAACCGCGACUGCCCGAUGCUACCCAGCACCCAUCAAACCACUGUCACGACACCCAUCAACCCAGCACCCAUCAACCCACUGUCAUGACACCCACUCCCCAGCACCCAUUAACCCACCAUCACUUCACCCAGUAACCCAGCACCCAUCAACCCACUAUCACUACACCCAUCAACCAAGCACCCAUGAACCCAGCACCCAAUAUCAAUUCACCCCGAAUCGUUCUCCUGCCACCAAUCCAUCCAAAGCUCAACUCCCAGUACCAGAACCCCAGCACCACCCCCCCAGCACCAUUAGAACCAGGCCCAACCCAGCCAGCACCCUUAGAACCGGGCCCAAACCACCCAGCACCUUCCACCCACACAGCACCCAACACCAUUCCCCCCAGCACUGUUCCAUCCUGCACCCAUCCACCUAGCACCCUUCCAAACAGCACCCUUCCACUCUUCCACCCCGCUGGCACCCCUCCAGCUUGUACCCACCCAGAGAGCACCCUUCAACCCUGCACCCUUCCACCCAGCACUCACCCUUUCCACCUGGCACCCUUCAACCCUGCACCCUUCCACCUAGCACCCUUCAACCCUGCACCCUUCAACCCUGCACCCUUCCACCUAGCACCCUUCAACCCUGCACCCUUCAACCCUGCACCCUUCAACCCUGCACCCUUCAACCCAGCACCCUUCAACCCAGCACCCUUCCAGCCAGCACUCACCCUUCCACACGGCACCCAACCCACGACGGAGUAUCAAACAGGACUUGUAAACAUGAUGUAAAUAACCGCACACACAGCAGACCGAAGACUCCGGAGAAGACCAACGAAGCAAAGUGACAGCAUAUGAGUACAUUCUAUAACUCUCUAUUCCUAUUAAGCACUUUAUAAAUAAGUCUAUCUAUAUAUAUAUUAUAUAUUUAAAAUGUAUACACUUUUGCUACAAUAGAGAAAAGGCAAAGCUCUCUUUACUGUCUCACUGUCCCUAACCCCACCCCCCACCUCCUGAAAUAUUAAGCCCACCACAUCCCCUGCUCGGGACUUGUUUGAUUCCAGAAUAAGGUUUGCUCCAGAACACCCAUGAAUUAUUGAAUCAGUAGAUACAAGUCAUUCUCUCUGCUCACGGAGUCCUGCUAUAGGGGGGGCAAUGAAUUUACAUAAUUGUAUCUGUUAAGACAAGGUGCAUGUGACUGUAGGCAGCUUACACUUAAGUAUCUACGUUUCUAUUCAUAGCGACUGCAGCUAAGGAUGGUUUGGAUUGUGAAGACGUCUUCCAGGUUUUAGAAAUCCUGCAGCGGUUCGUGCUUUACCCUCUCGCGAACGCCCACGUUGGACAAUGGCCUCUCGUCGUGCCUUUGCUUUCUCUUAAACGUCCCCGGAUCUCACGUUCUUUUCAGAUUCAGCCCUGUCUUUUGAAUGUUGUACCACUGUUCUCUUCAUUACACACUUUUAUUACUAGAUAGAGUUAACUGGAUUCUUUAUGCCUACAAAACAAAAAAAAGAAGAAAUAAGCUUGUUAAAAAGUGAUUCGGGCCUAGAAGUUGUGUUGUUAUUUUCUGAGAUUUAUAAUUUGUUUACCUGUAGGUGUACAUUGUGUACACUAUGUAAAUGUGUAUGUGUGUUCAUGUGUUUAUGUAGAGACAGUCUAUAUCCUAGCUAAUGCACGGGGAGAGUACAGCAAUGUGAAGUCUAAAGAUUGGGAUGAAACAAUACUGUUCUGGUUGCGUAAAAUAACGGAGGCGCUCGGGAUGGUGAAGGCUUGGGAACAUUAAAAUCCUCUAAAUACUAAAUUGUCAAGUACGGUCCAGCCAUCUGUGGCAGAACAAUUCUCAGGUUUGAAAAACAAAGCUAUCAACUCAUGAGGCCAGAUGUAUGCAUGACAAUACCGUGUGUCUGUUUCCAGAUUUCUCGAGUGUGCUAGAACGGUCCCACGGUUCUUUAGACAAACAGAAGAAGUUCAUUGUAAUGAUCCAGAACAGGGUAUAAAUCGUUCCCUGAUUGAAAUCGAUGAAGCAGCAUUGAACAGGUGAGCCUGUAUAGAAGGGGAUUCAUCUCUAAACUGUACAUCUGUGAGCUGUACAUCUGUUUAACUUGGAAUAAAUUUCACUCCAUUUGAAACUUGGCAUUUUUUUUAUUUUAACUGUUUGGAUGUGGAGGUUUUUCUUUUCUCCAAUAAACCUGCGUUUAGU